AUGUCGCCGUCACUCGUAUCAUCUAUAAUCCGAUCGCAUUCAUUGGUUCCUACAUCUCAUCCACCAUUCAAUUUUGUACCACCAAAAUUCCCGGUCUCGCUUGAACAACACGGGCAUUUACUUGUCGAAUAUAUUUCGUCGAUGUGUCUGGCAUUUAAUACUCAAGCAAUGAGUUACAUCAUGACACUAGCCGAUUCUCAUCGAAUUGAUACGUUGACGAUGCAACGUGAAUUUCUCAUUAUCGAUGCUGAUCGACAACGUCAAAUUAGUCUAUUAACAAGUGGACUAUUAAAAGCAACGAAUCGAUUCAAUUUAAGAGGUGCUAUUGCAUUUAUUCGUGAACGAAUCAAAAAUCGUUCAUCUUCGUUUGCCAUGAGCGCCAAUGACGAAUAA